UGUGUGUGUGUGUGUGGUUUGGGUCUCUCCAUCUCUCUGCCCCUUCCCCCCCCCCACGUUUCUAUGAAUGGUUGGUUUGGACCAUGCUCCCCCGUGGAAUGUAUUAUAGUGGUUUGGACCUGCCUGGUGGGGAGGAGCCUAGCGUGAUCCUGAGCAGCUUCCGACCCCGUGACCCCGACAACAAAGCCACACCCUCCCAGAAUGAUGACAUCACUGCUUCACACUCAUCACAGCAUGCAGCAUCACCGCAGCCGCCCCCUGCUCCUGUCCUGGAGGAGUGUGAGGAGGAGGGUGCUCUCUACACCGUCAUGCGCAGGCAGCAGCAGUCCCAGCACAGCGCCACCAGGGGGCAGCCAUGGCACGGGGACGGCACUGGACACAGCGAGACAUGUCUGGUGCGCUCCAUCAAGGCGGGGACAGUGGACAGACUCGUCCUUCACCUGCUGGACUGCUACCGUCUCGGGGAUUUGUCCUACGUGUCCGUCUUCCUGUCCACCUACAGGACGUUCAGCUCUCCAGGACAGGCGCUGAGGAUCCUGCUGGAUAGGUUAGAGUUCCCCCCUGUGGGCUCGGCUGGUAGUGCAGAGAGGAGCGCUCGAGAGAGACUGGAGUUUAACAACACUGUGUCAUCAGUGUUCUCGACCUGGCUUGAGGGGUACCCCGAGGAUUUCCGCGCCCUGGGAGACCACUCCCUGCUCGAACGCUUGGUGGAGGUGCUGAGAACCAGGCUGCCGGGAUCAGAAGUAAAGGGGCGCGCCCACAUGCUGCUCAGAGAGGUCAGGGAGGAGCAGCAAACACAGGAGAGGAGAGACUCAGACUCGGCUCUCUCCUCUCCGAUGGAUCUCUCAGACUCUGGUCUCAGCAGAGUCGAGCCGACUGACGUGCUGGGCUUCCCCGCGAGUGUCAUAGCGGAGCAGCUGACCAGCAUCGAGACUACCCUGUUCCUCAGGGUGGUUCCCUAUCACUGCCUGGGCUCCCUCUGGUCUCAGAGGGAUAAGAAGGGGAAGGAGCAGCUCUGCCCCUCGGUGAGAGCCACGGUGAGGCAGUUCAACCAGCUGACCAGCGCGGUCAUGACCUCCUGCCUCGGAAACACCGCCCUGCGCAGCCAGCAGAGAGCCCGGCUGAUCGAGAAGUGGAUCAGAGCCGCCGAGGAGUGCCGCGCUCGGAAGAACUUCUCCAGUCUCUAUGCGAUUAUCUCAGCUCUGCAGUCCAACGGGGUACACCGCCUGAAGAGAACCUGGGAGGAAACAUCGAGGGAUGCAGUGCGAAGCUACGAGGAGCUGUCUGAGAUUUUCUCUGAGGAGGAUAACUACUCACACAGCCGCGAGCUGCUCAAAGAGGAGGGGACCUCCAAAUUUGCCAAUGUGGGAAAGAAACAUCCGGAGAUCCCAGUUCGUGGGACGGUCCCCUAUCUCGGUACCUUUCUGACUGACCUGGUCAUGCUGGACACUGCAGUGAAGGACCAGACUGACCUGGGACCAGGGAGACCUAAUGGCUACAUCAACUUCGACAAACGCAGAAAGGAGUUUGAGAUCAUCGCUCAGAUCCGACUGCUUCAGUCAUCCUGCAAAAACAGCACCUUCCAGACUGAUGAUAGCUUCAUGCACUGGUACAGCAGCCUACCCAGACUCAGUGAGGCAGAGAGCUAUCGGCUCUCCUGUGAAAUCGAGCCUCCUGGGGAACUAACCACUCCCACCAGGACUGUGAAACCAGCCGUGAUCAUCACACACUGCACUGACCUCCUCUCCUCCAUCGCUAGUCCUGGUGGAACGAGUGGGUUCAAGGCCUGGGACAGGCUCCUCCCUCUGGGGUCCCCGCAGGGUGCAGGUGAAGAGUGUUCAGAGUAUCUCGAGGGGCCGGACAGCCAGCUCAAGCCAGUUAACCCCUUGCUGUCCAGACUCACUAAGCACAUGAAAUCUCCCUCAGUUUCCUGUCUUGAUGCUGUAGCCUCUGCCCCUGGUUCUAACCACACACCUUCAUCCCCACCUUCUACUCUGACUCCUCCUCCGGGCUUUGUGAAGUCACAUCGUCGCUCCGCCUCCUGUGGCUCGACCCCACAUCCUGACACUGCGAAAACAGAGUCAGACAUGCGCAUCAUCAGAGUGGAGAUGGGCCUGGAGGAUGGGAACAUGUACCGGAGCAUACUGGUCUCCAGUAAUGACAAGGCCCCCACAGUGAUCAGUAAAGCCCUGGAGAAACACAACCAGGAUCCCAGUAAAGCAUCCCAGUAUGAACUGGUCCAGGUGCUGCCAGAGGGGAAAGAAUUGAAGAUACCCAGUACAGGAAACGUUUUCUACGCGAUGACAUCAUCAAGCGUGGACUUCCUGUUGCGUAAGAAGGGCAUGACCUCACCCCAGGUUCGACCAAUGAGCUCGGAUGUGAGCGCCACCUUCCCGCGAAUCAAAUCCAAGGGGCUGAAAAUCGCGCGUGCGUUCUUCUGACCUCACUUCCUGUCUGCUGAGCCAUCAUCACAGGCAUGUAAUCUGUGAACUCUGACCUCCAGUCCAUAUUGACAGUACCUGACUGACCCAGCAAGUGGAGGAGGAGGAGGAGUCACAGAUUCACUGCAAGAAGAAGAAGAAGCAGUGCUGUGCAGGCCUGACCCUGAGACUGCUGCUGAGCUUCAUGAGAUCAGAGCCUAUCACAAUCCAAGAAACACAGACACACACUGACACACACACACACUGAUACACACACACACUGAUACACACACUGAG